UGCUAAAUUUUCGUAUGUUCAUCUGAAUUUUAUUAAGCAAAAUAUGCCCCAGGGAUUGACAUGUAGUAUUGGACCAUGAAGUGGCAAUCAUGUAUAUGCGUGGUAGAGGCCUCAUAACAGAGAGUUCUCCUAUCCAAGGAAUCCUGUGUCAAUAAACGAGAUUCAAAAACGUUGAAAAGUGCGAGGCUUUGGACUGCAUUGGUCUGUCAUGCCAUACAAGAAAAAGAGCUUACUGGCGCCCAAACAACAAGGACAACAAGGAGAAAAAGAGGUGGGUUAAGGGCGGCUACAAACCAAAGAGUGGUGACCAAUGCACGCUGUAAGCUGACAGGCGUAAGCAAGGCAAAACGGUUACAGUGAGGGAGAAAGUGGCGCACAAUGCAUGGCCACAAUACACCCAUGGAGAAAAACGCACGCACUAAGUCUUGUCAGCCUGCUGUCUCUUCAACAAUCGUUUUCAUGGUGACGGAUCCCAACAAUGUGCUCACGCCUCUGUCAGGGGCGGCGGGAGCAACACCCAGCGCCAUCUAGCCUCCGCAGGUUAUCGCCGGCUAGUACUAGCUCCCGCCUCGUCUGCAGACUGCCUGUCUCGGAACUCACCUGUGGAGCGGGGUGUUGAUUGGUGUGCGUGGUGACUGGCUACUGCGCAAGCGCAGCAUGUCCAUUCGGGUAUUCGGCCACGUGACCAGAGAAGUGUACUCGGUGUGGUAUGGCCGUGUCGGAACAACCAGUUUUAUACCAUCUGAGAAGGUCCAGGAGCUCUUCAAUGACAUGCAACUCUACCCAUCUAAAUCACAAGUGUAUGAAAUGCUGCAGUGUGCAAAGGAAUGUGCGAACCGCAACUCGGCAUCUUACCUCACAUUUGGAGAGUUCUGCAUCUUCGCAACUGAGCUGAAGAGGUGUUAUGAACGAGGAAUUCCUCGACCAGUGCAGCUGUCCCGACUGCUCGAGAGAGAUGGGGAAGAGAAGAAGAGAAGAAACAGGAAGAUGUCAAAGGGCAUACCAAAAUAUGAGGUUUUCCUGGGUGGGUCUUGCAAUCCCACAACGUGGCGUCAGGAUGUGGCUAUUCCCAUGCUGAAGAACUUAGGCAUCACAUACUAUAAUCCACAAGUAUCACAUUGGGGUCCAGAGCUGAUUGAGCUCGAGUUCCAGGCAAAGCAGAAUGCAGCCAUUCUCUUCUUCGUCAUUGACAACCAGACUCGGAGUGUGGCCUCCAUGAUCGAGGCAGCUUAUCUUUCAGCGAGGCGCCGGAAAUUAAUUUUGGUGAUCCAUGCCUAUCAGGGACCAGGACAGAAGAUAUGGGGAGAACCUAUCACAGAAGAGGAGUACGAAGAUCUGACGACAGGUCAGAUGGUGCUGCAGGACCUGGUGGAGAGAGAAGGAAUCCCUGUAUUUGAAAGUGUGCCCAUUGCUCUCAACUGUACCGCCAAGGUAUUACGGGAAAACAUAAGUGUACAGGAUCUUGGACUUAAGGAUUUUGCGCAGCCAGUCAAGAUGGCACACGUCCAACUUGGUGACAAAUUAAUCAAGUUGAGGGAAGCAUUUGAUGCUCUUGACACAACUGGUUCAGGAGAACUCUGCCUAGCAGAUGUGUGCAUGGCAUUUAGAAUAUUAACCAACAGGAACCUGUCCAUUUCAGACUUGAGGAGCAUUGUUGCAGGUCAGACAGGUGUAUUGGGUCGAGAAGUGAAGGAUAUUCCCUUGGAACAGCUGAACGUCAACUUUGAGCAGUUCUGCGCUAUUGUAGCAGAGUUCAAGUGUUGUGAAAGUGAGACUCACAGACUAUGGGAGUUAGUCCUAGCCAAAACCACUCGCCUUCUAGAGACAGUUGUCUCCCCUCUGACAAAAGUUCUAGAGUGGGCACUAUCACCUCGACCGCUGCGGUCCUUGCCCUUGGGCUCUCCCCCCAACACCCAGAGCAACUGUGUGCGAGAUGUGUACCUGGGCGGUUCAUGCCAUAACACCACCUGGAGGGAAGACAUCGCCAUCCCUAUGCUGAAAAAGAGUGGCCUAACGUUCUUCAACCCACAACUUUGCCAGUGGAGCAAACGUCUUAUUCCAAUUGAGGCAGCUGCAAUGGACAACAGUUAUGUCUUGUUAUUUGUCAUUACCAGCAUGACACGGUCCAUAGCGUCUAUGGCUCUGGCAGCUCACUAUAUUGGUCUGAACUGCAAUGUGGUGCUGUGUGUCCAGCACUUGUCGGAUGGUGCCAUCAUUGGGAAUGACAAGCUGUCCAAGCAGGCUGUGAAGGACUACAAUCGAGGCCGCAUGUACCUGUCGGAUCUAGCAAACCGUGAAAGUAUACCAGUGUUUGAAUCGGUGGCGGAAGCCGUUGACUGCGUGAUACAUAAGUGCAGUUGCCGAUAGUGGGCCAAGAAACAAAAACAUUGUCUGUUGGUUCAGACAGAUGAUCGAGCUUGCAAGUUCAUACAUAGCAGGUCUAUGUGAUGUGACUUAGCCUGCAUAUGAAAAGUAAAUAGAAUGUUUGGGGGGUGAUGAAUAUAAUUGGAUGUGCAAGUGGGUCUCAAUGUUACAUGCAGAUUAUGCUGUGAACAGCAUUUUUGAGGAUUAAAUUGAAGAUCAUUUGACAAGUUCAAAAGUUUCUGAAAUUUGGAUAUGUUAUGGAAAUCAGAAUUCAAUUUGGGCUGUGUCUUAUUGCAUUCCACUUGUUGAAAUGACUUCACUUGUAUCAAGAUCACAUUGAAAUUUCAUUCCAUAACCUUUUAAAAAUCUUAACUAUGUUUGGUAGGGAAAGUAAAUAGGAACUACAGCAGAAGGUCCUGAUGUAUUUUCAUUCAACUUGGUAAACCAUGGAUUUCAGAUAAAGUAAAGAUUUUGUGUAGUAAACAUUCUGAGAUGUGAUUGAACUAUAUCACUGUCUUCAUGGAGUUUGCUGCUGUGAGUAAAGAAAUCUCAUUAAUUCUUGGUGCUUUCAGUAAUGCUUUAUGAAUAAUAAACUAACAUCUCUGACAUUUCACAGAAAUAAUAAGGCACUUUCUUUAAUGAUAGCUUUUAUAAAAUCAUUUUGCCCCUAUUAAAAACUGUCAAUUGCAAGACAGUUACCCUGUUGAACAAAGUACAGAUGAAGACAUGUUGUUGAACAGGCUAUCAGAGAAACUUGUGGUUGGCCAAUAAAGGGUUAUGGAAACAUCUGAUUUGAACAGUCAAUCAGUUUCUGCCACAUUAGUAAAUCUGCAAUUGAAGUAGAGGCAUGAUCAAUAAAUUUCCAUCUGCUAACAUAGGCUGCAGCCCUGCUUGAAGUUUCAUUGUUGUGAUCUUGAACCUUGCAAGUGACUGUAUGAUGCUGUAACAGCAAUUUGAGCCUGCACAGACAGUACAGUGUUACAGGUGGCUUAGGGAAUUCAGUAUUGUCAAAUUGUAAGGUCACCACUAAACCCAUGACACACAUGUAUAUAUAUAUGUAGUGUCUUGUUUGUUUUUGUGUAUUUUAAAAGGAACAUCUUAUGCAGUGGAUUCACAACACGUCACAUGACAAACUGUGUGCUCUGGUACAAUAUUUCUUUUUAUUGUUAAAAUCUAUUUCUGGAGAAAGAGGCUGAUAUUUAGAACUGGACAUUAAUUUUAUCUGCCAGUUCCAUGCCAUGCAGCAUGCCUACAGAAGGAAGGAACAGAGAGUCCUGGAAUGUAGACUGUUUGUGUGAAGGUGUAAAUUAUUAAUGAAUGGGUGCGGAAGAUAGAAACAUAAAUGAAUUUUACACUUCAAUUUCAGUUUUCAUUAUGUUUUUAUAUGCUUAAAAUGAUUAUUAGCAUUUAAUCUUUGAAUCGGUUAUAUGAAACUACUAUUAAUAAUUGGUGCAUUGGGAGUACAAAGAGUUGUUCCAAACUUCAUCGGGGAUUAACUUCUUUCAGUUACUCUGUACUGACUUCAUAGGCAGAAUGUUAUGUAACAUACUUCAGGGAUGAAGUUUCUUGAAAACUCUUUGUUCUUUCUGUUGUAUAUUCACUGUUGUUUUAAACUGUUCUUAUUCUAUUCAAAAGUUCUUCUGGUUUUAAAUGUCAGAGGCUUUUAAUGUAUAUUGCAUGUGAUGUGAAUCCAUUGUGACAUAUUUUAUUUUCUGAAUGAAAAGUUGGGUGUGCCUCGGAUUUGUCACCAAAGAGGGAACACUGUGUUUCCAGUAGAUGCGAGUGACAGUAUGAAGACAUACAGUGGUGAUGUGGUGGGAAAAGUAAUGCAUAGUGCAGCUACCUCAGAGAACAAGUGAAGGCAACGGUGAUGGUGUGAAGUUCUGUUGUGUUAAAGUGAGUCAUCCCCACCCCUUUUACCCUUCCCCCUUUAUGUUCUGGUCUACAUUUGCCACAGCUAAUCAGAAAAGUUUCUUGUAUUUAGUACGUAUAGGGUUUCGCAUGAAUCUGACAUGAUGAUGUUUCUGUAUUUAUCCUGUUAUGCCAUAGCCAUUUUCUUUAAUCUGUGUGUGAUGCAGCAUUGUUAUAUGGUGGCUUGUGGCACACGAGACAUGUCUUGUGGCAUAUAAGACAGGAUUGAUGAAGGUUUUAUUGCUAAAUUUAUUUUAAAAAUGAUCCUUUUUUAUUUUUUUUUAUUUAUCGCAAUGGGCAGUAGUUGUACGUUGACAUUAAGUCGGUUUUGAAUAAAGAACAUAAAAUUUAGAGGAAGUUACAGCUGAAAGCUAAAUAGUUGUGUGGAAGUUUAGCAUCAGAUAUAUGGGCUGUUUUUGAAUUUUUCAUGUCUGUUUUUCGUUAUCUUUCAUGACUGUACAGAAGCUCAGACUUUUCAUUUUUGUUUUCUUUUUAUUGGCACAGUUUACCUUUUUUGUUUUUGGAGUUUGGGUUCAACAGAAUUUGUUAAGGCUGGCUUGUAGAAAACUAUUUAUGAAAUUACAACAGCACAAAAAAUAUAACAGGAGGCACAUGCCUAUUUCAGAGCACCAUGAUUUUUAGCAUUUCCUUCGGGGAAUCAUAGAUAACUUCACAAAGCUUUGAUAGAAGAGUUCAUACCACAACUGAAAUUUUAACAAAGAACCUCCUAAUCAUUUUCAAGUACUGCAGGAAACUAAAAAGUGGGCUUGGUCAGAAUAUCCUGUUUUGUUUGAUUACAUUGCAGAUGGCAACAAAGUUCAGAUUAUUCUACAAGCUUCAUAUGUUAAGUUUCAUUUCUGAAAAUUUGGUUUAAAAAUUAACUUUUUGAAAGAUAGAAAGAAGAAAAGUUAGGCUACAGACUGAAGAGACCAGGUUUGAUUUCUGGCACGAUCAUGGGAUCGUAAUGUAACAGUGCAGUUACCUGAAUGCUUUGUAUUACAUGUCGCACAUUAUCAGACAUGUACUUGGAUUUGAAUGUCUCGUGGCAUUCUUUUAGCAAUGAAACUGGUCUUAAUUACUGUAGUUGGAGCUCACGGCUGUAUUUGUAUGUGCCAAACUUAUGAGUUUGAAAGAAACUGGGUUAAAGGUAGAGACGACACCAUGAUGACAUUUUAGAAGUAAAGGUCAUGUAUGUUAUCUACAAACCCUCUGUAUUUGUGAUGCUGUGGAGUACCAUCUCCUGGGAUGAGACAAAACAUAGUCCAGUAGAUGUUCUGGAGGAAUGUAUGAACUCCAUGUUUAACCUGAAGAUGGAGGUAGUAGAUUCCUUUGAAACUAUAUGACAUUCUAUCCCAGAACAGAGUACACUCUUCUGCAAGAAAACAGAACCUGCAAACUUGCCAAAACAAAACCAAAUGAUGGGCCCUGACUGUCAUAAAAUGAAAAUGCCCACCAACACACUGUCUUCCUUUUUAUUCCUUGUUCCCCCCCCAAAUAAUGGUCCUAGCUGUUUUGUGAAUUCUGUGCUGUGUAGUAAUGGUUCCCAAUUACUAGAUUCUUGUGUGUUGAGCCAGGAACAGUUCCCAACUUCACAGCACAGGAAAUCCUGCUUAUAUAAUCAUUCCAAAAUUAUUUCAGCUUACAUUCUGCUAUGUAAAUCAUUGGAGCUGUUGCCAGUCAGAUUUUAGAUCAUAUAUUACACUGAGAACUCUCAUUAUGAUAGCUGGUGAUACUUUCAGACCAUUAUGAAAGCUUAAAUAACAUUCUCUAUUUGUCUCACAUUCAGCAAACACAAAUAAGUUUUUAGAUAAUUUUAUAUUACAUAUCUGAUGACAAAAGUCCACAUUAUUAUCCCAUUCCUUGGCCUUUCAUAAGGCCCAUUUCCUAGAGCUUCCCCACAAAAAAUCUGUAUGCAUUCCUUAUGUUGUCCAUACCAGCUACAUGUCCAGUCCAUCACAGCCAAACAGUGUUUACAAGAAACUUGCAUGUGAUAUUCUCGUCUCCCACUUGAAUAUUGAUGUUUAUUGGUGAUGCAAUGAAGAUCUACCCGUACAUACAUCAUUUAACUUGGCAGUGGAUUAUGUUAUUAAUUUUCAAUAUGCUUAUCUUAUUUUUGGGACUGAGCAGUUUCGUUUCAGGCUGAGCUCAUGGAAUAGCAUGUGAUCCAGCAUACAGAUUCAGAUCUGCAAGAGAAUCCUUUGCUUUAGCUGCUGAGAGGCUUGCACAUGUGGGCCUCAUGUCGGACAGUUCAGGAUUCUUUUCAUGCCGGUUUGAAUAACCCUGGCAGAAUAGAUGCAUAUCCUGUCUUCCUGCAACUGAAGUUUCAUGGGAAUAUAUUUUCGUACAUUGAAUAAAAUACACAGUGCUUACUCCAUGGAAUUGUGUUCUGGGUUGUAACCAUUUUAGUUCAGUGUGAUCACAACAUUUCAGAGGGAUAUGUCACUAGUCUGAGCUUGUCACCUGCUACUGCUGGUCUUGGUUCGCUUAUAAACUGCGUGGUGUUCCAACCCCAGCAAAACUGUUACAUUCGUGUUUAAUUUAUUGGUUGUGUGCAAAUGUAAGACCAGUCAAGUCAUAACGAGAAUGCAGUGGAUUAGAUUAGUACCUGACAACAAUGUGAAGAGGGCUAUGUGCACGUGGUUUUAUCAGUCAGUCACAUGUACUUACAGACAUUUUGCAUUUAUAUAUGAAUAUUGAGUACUCCUUAUAGAUGUGGUAGGGGUUCAAGACUAUUACACUUUCUUACUCAUAUUUUAUCAUAUAAGUAGUUCAUGUUUCUGUAUUUGCCUGAAAUAAGGGUAAUACAUGCUCCCUUAUAAAAUUUUCAUAUAUUACAAGUAUAACUAAGAAAAAUUAUGUUAUAAAACAUUUCCUAAUAGACUAAUUGAGAAGCAUGUGUAUGUUUCAGUCAUACGAAAUAGUAACAGUCUGCAAAAUAAGAUUCAAUCAGGGCUUCAAAAAAUCAGAAGAAUGGAAAUUUAAAUGAUAUAAAAGUAUGGGUCUCAAAUGUGUAAAGUGAAAUCAUUUGAUUUACUUGCAACUGACACUAGGCAGAAGAGACAUAAAUGCCAGCACAUUAAUUUGAAAUGCAAUAUUAAAAUUUCUAUUGCUGCUUGAAAUUUUAUCACAGGAAGUUCUAUAGCAAAUGUUGAAAACUAAACAUUUUUGGAGCCCUGAUUAUAUAAAUAUGAAAAUAUUCACAUCAUAAAAUACAUGUUAUAGUCCAGGACAGUUUUUUUUGGCCAGUCAUCAUCCCUUUACCCCACACUUUUCUCUCCUCCCUGAGAGUUCUACUUAAUAACAGGGAACGACACAGGUAGCCAGACAGAUCAGUGGCAGGAGAUAGUGGCAUGCCCUUGACUGGCCAAAGAAAUAUCCCCGAUUAUAAUUCCAUGCAUCAUUUACCAGCUUAAACUGGUUUCACUUGGAACUGUCUGAAAGGCUAUUUUUUCUACCUUAGGUUACAAGAUGUAAAAACUAAAUUUGUAUCAUGGUGCUAACGUCAGUUCAUAGGUACUGUUAGUUUUGUGUGCCACAGAAUGUUUUCCAAUGUAACAUUUGAUUGCCCCAAUUAAAAUAUUUCAUAUCAGUUCUUUGUAAGAAGAAAUAUAGUAACGUACAUGGUCAGUUUAGUACAUAUUUGCAGAUUAGAAGGCAGCUACAAUGAUAAAUAGUUCCAGUAACAAAUUUUCCACAUAUCAGAAUAUGUCCUUUAACCAGUUUCCCUUUGUAGGGUUUUAGACUCAUGAUAUUAAUUUAAUUAAUUGUUUUUAUAAUUAGGUAGCACAGUGUACAUAUAUAUAUUUUUUGUAACCACAGACUACUUUUUUAUUUUGUGUUGGAAAGUAAAAAAAAUGUUGAUGCCAGUUGUAUUAUAUAAAUUCCAGGUUCUGCUAACAGUCAAUUUUUUUAAAGCUCACAUUACAGAAAUAUUUAUUCUAGACUUAAAUAAAUCACUUUAUGUAUUUCUGCUU